AUGGCACAUAAUCAAGAAGUUAAUAAUUUGAAAAAGAUUUUUAAUAAAUUAAGUGGGCAACCUAACUCGUACUCUCGCAAAUCGUCGUAUACAUUUGGAAAGACUUUAGGGGCUGGAUCGUUCGGUAUUGUAAGGUAUGCGAGGAACAACGAAACAAACGAAGAAGUGGCUGUAAAGAUUAUUUUGAAGAAAGCUUUAAAAGGCAAAGUGGAAACGAUCACUGAUGAACUCAACUUGUUGCAGGAAUUACUGCAUCCCAAUAUAGUUGGAUUUAGAGAUUGGUUUGAAUCGAAGGAUAAGUUUUAUAUUGUAACUCAAUUGGCUACCGGGGGAGAGUUAUUCGAUCGUAUUAUCGAGAAGGGUAGAUUUACAGAGUUCGAUGCAUCAUUGGUUAUCGUUGCGAUGUUAGAGGCAAUCAAGUAUUUGCAUAAUAAGAACAUUGUCCACAGAGACUUGAAGCCAGAGAACAUAUUGUACUUAACACCGGCGGAUAAUUCGAACGUCGUAUUGGCUGAUUUUGGUAUUGCUAAGAGAUUAGAGAGUCCUGACGAGAAGCUAACCUCUUCCGCCGGUUCUUUUGGGUAUGCUGCCCCUGAAGUCAUUUUGGGUACUGGACAUGGGAAACCCUGUGACAUCUGGUCUUUAGGUGUAAUUACAUACACAUUAUUAUGUGGAUAUUCGCCAUUCCGAUCAGAAAAUGUUAAUGAUUUUAUUGAGGAAGUCAAGCAUAAUAAUGCAGUUAUAUUCCAUGCUGAUUAUUGGAAGGAUGUCUCUAAAGAUGCCCGUCGUUUCAUCAUUAAAGCUUUACAGUUUAAUCCAGAUAACAGGCCUGAUGCGGAAACAUUAUUAAAUGACAAAUGGUUGGUAUCCAUAGCAUCUGAACAUAAGGAAUUAGAUUUGUUACCUAACUUGAAGGAAAACUUCAACGCAAAGCAAAAGUUUAAGCAAGCUAUUGAAAUGGUCAAGUUGAAUAACAAGAUCAAGAAGUUGAAGGAGUUACAAGGUGAUGAUGAUGAUGAUCCAAAUGAAAUUGAUUUAUUUGGAGAAGAAGGUGCAGUAAUCUCAAGUGAUGUUUCGUCAAAAAAAAGUGGCUAUAGCGCUGAAUCUGAAGGACCUUUAGGUUCAUGGAAAGCUUUAAGCAAUGCUCUAGGGUCUAUAGAUAGUCGAAACUCGACUUCUUCUACGUCGUCCACUAGUGCGCCUAACAAAAAAUCAGAUUUAACUAGCGAUGCAUUCGUACAAUUGGUACAUGCAGCCACCAAGAACAAAGAAAGAGUAACCAAUUUCAAAGACGGUGAAGACUUAUCCGCCAAUUAA